AUGGUGUUAUAUCUUAAGAUAUUUCAUCAUUUUGAUGCCUUUUGUUUUCUUCCCUCUGUAAGUCGACGUCUAAAGCAAGGUGACAUAACUCUACAAGAACUUCUUCAGAGACAUUUGGGGACAGAAAAUUCAGAGGUGAGGGAUUGUCUAGACAAAGAGUUCUUAGCUUGCAAAAGAUUAAGAAACCACAAGUUUCUUAUAGUUCUUGACGGUGUCGAGCUUGUAAAAGAUCUCCAAGAGCUGAACUUGGUUGAAAAAUCCAAUUGCUUUGGCGGGGGAAGUAGGAUCAUUAUAACAACUAGAGAUAAACAAGUCCUUCAAAAGUAUGAGGUUGAUACAGUUUAUAGACUUAAGCCUUUGUCUGAUGAUGAGGCUUUCGAACUAUUUUGUUCUGAAGCUUUUCCAAUGGAAUAUCCUGUUAGUGAUUUCCAAGAGAUGAUAAAUAAGGCAUUGGAAUACGCUAAAGGCCUUCCGCUAGCAAUUAAAAUAUUGGGUUCAACCCUUUUUGGGAAAGGCGUUGCAGAAUGGAGAAGUGUCCUGGAUAGAGAGGAAAUCAUUCCCCCUUAUGAUGUCAUAAUGAUGCUUAGAGAAAGUUUUGAUGAACUCGAUGAUAUGAGUAAGGAAAUGUUUUUGGACAUAGCAUGUUUCUUUGUAGGGAGGGACGUUAAUUAUGUGAAGGAAAUUUUACAUGAUUGCAUCAGCUGCUCUGUGGAUAUAGAACUUCUUAUUCAAAAAUCACUUAUCACAAUUGUAAAUCAGAAGAUACAAAUGCACGGUAUGUUGCAAGCAAUGGGACGAGAAAUUGUUCGAAAACAAUGUCCAAAUCAGCCAGCUAAACGACGUCGGUUAUAUCUUUAUGGUGACAUCGAAUAUGUUAUGGAGGAUGGAAUAUACGAGGUGAUGGAAAAUGUGGAAGCUAUAGCCUUGGAUUUGGAAGAGCCGAAAGGGGUUGCAUUGAGGAGCGAUGCUUUAGCAAAUAUGAUCAAUCUUAGACUGCUCAUAUUUCGUAAUGUGGAAUUUUAUGGGAACCUCGAC